GCCGCGCUGGCAGGGGCAUAGGCAGGGGUAGCCCGGUCCUGGCCGCCGCGGGGGGCCGGAGGGAGGCGGGGGCGCCGCGGGGAAGGCGCGGGGCACGAUGAGCGGGGCGAGUGGGGAGCGGCGCUGCGGGAGGCUCCCGGGGUCGCCCUGCCUCGGGGUGUGUAGCAAGGGGCUGCUGCGGCCCCGCGGGAACAGAACUGCGACAUGCGGUCGAGGAGAAGGAUACUAUAGCUGUUACAGUACUGGCCAAUGUCUUGGGGCAUUUGCAUUUUUUUCCUACCCUGCCACAGACUUCCUCAGUGAAGCCAGGAUAAAUGGGUGUAUAUGACUUUUCCCCUCAUCUAAAGAGGUUCCAUGUCUUGUUUGCAAGUCCACCAACACUCACUUGUUUCUGUUCUCGAGGACUGUUCCUGUAUUCUACGUACACCAGUUGAGUCACUCAGACCAGAAAAGCAAUCUCAGAGCAGCAUUCAUGAAUGCCUGGCUGAUUCUGAACUAGCCUGGAUUCCCCCAUCUACAGGAGGGAAUGAAAUGAUAUUUUGUUCUUCUAAUGUCUCUCACUAUGAACUCCAGGUGGAAAUAGGAAGGAGAUUCAACAACUUAACUUCAGUCUACCUUGCACGGCAUACACCUACAGGCAUGCAAGUUGCUAUAAGGAUCACAGACCUAGAAAGUUGCUCUGAAGAGCAUUUGAAAGCCUUACAGAAUGAGGUGGUUUUAUCCCACUUUUUCCAGCAUCCCAAUGUAAUGACGUUUUGGACUGUGUUUACAGCUGGUAGUUGGCUUUGGAUCAUUUCUCCAUUCAUGGCCUAUGGUUCUGCUAGACACCUGCUGAAGACUUACUUUCCUGAAGGAAUGAGUGAAGCUUUGAUAGGGAACAUUCUGUUUGGUGCAAUCAGAGGAUUAAAUUACAUGCACCAGAACGGCUACAUUCACAGGAAUAUUAAAGCUAGCCACAUUCUGAUUUCAGGGGAUGGACUGGUUUCUCUCUCUGGUUUAAACAAUCUUUACAGUUUAGUUAACAAUGGACAAAAGUCAAAGGUGGUUUAUGAUUUCCCCCAGUUUAGUACAUCUGUACUUCCUUGGCUGAGUCCUGAACUACUGAGACAGGAUUUGUGUGGGUAUAACAUGAAGUCUGAUAUUUACAGUGUGGGAAUCACAGCAUGUGAAUUAGCCAAUGGACAUGUUCCAUUUCAAGAUAUGCCUCGCACUCAGAUGCUGCUGCAAAAACUGAAAGGUCCUGCAUAUUGUCCUUGGGAUAUAAAUACCUUCCCCCAUGGGGAAUCCAGGAUGAGGAAUUCCCGAUCAGGUGUUGAUUCUGGAAUUGGUGACAGUAUGACACGCACAAUGACCAGUGAAAGACUAAAAAUUCCCUUUUCCAAAACAUUUUCCCCUGCUUUCCACAACUUGGUAGAACUUUGUUUGCAACAGGACCCUGAGAAAAGGCCAUCAGCGAGCAGUUUGCUUUCGCAUACGUUCUUCAAGCAGAUAAAAGAACAAACACAGAGUUCACUACUGUCCCUAUUACCGCCUCCUAUUCAAAAUAGUAGAUCAGGGCUCUUGGCACUGCCCUCAGCAGCAGCUGGGACUGAACUUGGAUACAUUACUACAAAUCAACAUGAAACAGACUGGGAAUUCUAAGUAGACACCAAACAAUCAUACCUCUCCUGUGCUUCAAAGAAGGAAAAAUGUGAUUUCUACUUGCUGCUUUACUUUGUAUGGUUAAAAUACAAUUAGACAAGGUAUACUUGAAAAUGCAGUUGAAGUGGCCAAGUUUCAUUAACUUAAUCCGAUCUUGGCUUCAUGAAGUGUGGUACACCUCUGACCACAAGGAAAACUCUAUAUAGAGAAUGACCUCUUAUCUCCUUCUUUCCAAAUAUUUCUUAACAAGUAAGAGGGCUCCUGCUGUAUUUUUAGUCUAUUAUGCUUUUUUUUUUUUAGCUUACAUUACUGCAUAUCAAUUGCCUUUCUGACUCCAGGCUUUGUUUUUUGUCUACAGCCUUCCUUCAACAAUCUACUUGUCUUUUCAUUAUCACCCAAAUGAUAUGAUAGUAAGGAGGAAUCCUCUGCUGCAGAAAUGAGCUGAUCAUACAAAAUAUUUUUCUCUCACGCCUCUCAGAAGACAGCAUAUCAAAUGAGAAAGAUGUCAAUACUUGCAAUGGCUUAGCAGUCCAUCAAGUCUUUCCUGCAAUUUUAAUAUUGCAUGUUGUCCAAAGAAGCUACUUGAAAAUGACUCUACUCUUGCAUUUGUCUACAGUCUUAAUACAAAUUUCUGCUUUUGCAUCUGCAUUUAUUGAUGUCUUAAAGUUCCCUUCUCACUACAUUUUACUAAAAAGUUAUGUCCCAAAGUACCUAUUAUUGACUAAUUCUGACAAAAGUGAAAGUGUAUAGAUACAGAAUAGAUACAUUUUGAAUUUUUAACUUACACCACAUUCCACUGUUAAGUACUUGAAUCUUGCAUGGCUGGGCUUGUCUGCAACCAGCCUUGAAAAUACUUUUGCUUUGCCAGCAGCUUUCCUGCAAAGCCUUGAAGGCAUAAUGACCAGAAGUCAAGCAAGAAGUCAGAUGCAUGAAUUUCUAAAUGACCACACUGAAGUAUUAAUUAAAAAUAAAAAACCAACAACAAAACUCAAUUCUACUCCUUGUGCUGUGAAGACAGCUCUUAUAAUUCAAAACAUAAUAGGUAAAACUAAAAUUAAGAACCUUUCAAUAAACUUACCCUAUCUGCCUCCAUUUGUCUGUAAUUCUAGUACUUCUAUUUUCACCACAGUUCAAUUAUACUAACAGUUUAUUGUUACUGCAAGAAAUAAGUUUCAUAUUUGUCAGUCACUAGUUAAGAAAAUAGUUGUUUAAAUGUCUAAGUUAUUCUAGUUAAUCAUAAAAAAUAUUAAUAACUUGUGUGCUCUUUAGAGAAGACAUUAGUCUUACAUGAAUCCCUUAAGGUUCUUAAUUCUUAAUCACUAAGAAUUUUAACUUUUAAAAUAAAAUACAGAAUCCACAAGUAACAGUAUACAUAAACAAGUCAAACAAGUGAAAGUAUGCAUGAAGUUGUACAUAUUUCAAUUACAGAUGUCUGAAUGAAUAUUAUUACACUUUUCUAAAAAAAAAAUGCAGAGAACUUCAUGCAGCUGAAGUGCUGGUGUUUGCAAGCUUCACUUGAAAGAACAGUACCCUGCAAUCCCUUUGAACUUGAAUACUAAUGACAUUCAUUCAAGAAUUCAAUGACAUUCAUUCAAGAAUGAACUUGAAUAGUAAUAACAAACUUAAGACUGAUUUAAACAACCAAAUAUUCCAACUGAGUUACUUUGCUACUUUCUUUCUGUGGAAAAACUAGAAUUAUUUUUUUCUAAAUACUGUUCCAGUUCAUGUAUUAAUGUAACUUUUAAGAAGAAAGUGAGAUGCGCUAUUAUAAGUUAAAAAGCUCAAAAUUCUUACUGUUAGAACUGCUGCAUUUUCAAAGAAAAUAUUUCAAACAAAAGCAAUUACGAGGCACUGUAAUUAAUUCUUAAAGUAACCAUAAAUACUUGAAACUAGUCCCUGAAUAAGUUUACUAAAAGGUUUGUUGUAGUUUUGCUCAUAAACUGUGAUACUUUCCUCUAAAGAAUAAUGCAAAAUACAAAGCAUCAGUUAACACCAAAAAAAGUGUAAUCAUCAUAUUAUUGAGGAGGUUUCACCUACCUGGCACCUGAAAACAAAUUAUUGGAAAUAAAACUGUGUUCAGCUGGAAAUCUGAGAUACAGUGCUAUGAAAAAGUUUUUGCAUCUAAUUAGUUUUUUCAAAAUCUGAGAUACGUGAACUGUAUUGUUAAGAUGCAGGUUGCCGGGACUUUCCAUUCCAAACUGACACACUUCUAAGCACAAUAAACCUGUUAUUUCUCAGAGCACCUGUUUAUUUACUUUUAGUCAUACUAAAUGCAUGUUAUUAGCACAUGAACUAGAGCUUAGACUUGAAAUUUUCAAGGAAUAUUGUAUGGAAGCUCUAUGAGAUUUUUUUUUCUUAUACAUUUACAAAACGUUUUCAUGGUCAGUGAAACAGAAAUUGAUAGCUUGGUUACUUUUGGAAUUUUGAUACUUGUAGAAACACAAGGUUUCUUUGCUGCCACCUUUCUUUUUGCUAGUAUUUAACACUACAUGAAAUAAUGAAAUACCUGUCACAAUAGAAAGUUUACAUUAAGUAAUAUUAUCCUGAAUGUGCACUUGAUGCUUCAGUGCUGUUGAGUUUUUUACUGUCUUGGUCCAAUACCACAGGAAUUUGUGAAUACCUGAAUGGAUGAGCAUAGGGAAAAGUGUGAUUACUCAGAAUAAACUUGAUGUACUACAUAAAGUUCUUAAAAAAUUCUCGGUGCAAUAAAUACUCGUUGAAAAGA